AUGGACAAAGUUGAAGGUACCCUAGCAAACACAAAAAAGGAAAUUAAAACGUUGGAGCCCUAUAUCGAAAGCCAGUUGAAGGAACUGCAGAAUGCACUGGACGAACAAAGCAAAGUAGAAAAACUCGAAGCAAAUUUGACAUUAGCUACCAAAGCCCUUCACUGUGCGCUGGAGAACAAGAAAGUCCCGAAACUUGGGAUGGUCCAUCCUGAAUUUAAGAGAGUGGGCUCGAGGUACUUUUACGUCGAGCAUAACGUCCAGUUGGAUUGGUUUGAUGCGUCUGCCAAAUGUCGGGAGAUGGGUGGUCACCUAGCGCUACCCCAAAGCGAAGAAGAACUGCGCCUGAUCUAUGGGAUACUGGAGCCCCGUUGGUUUUGGAUCGACCUCAGCGAUCUGGUCGAGGUCGGCAAGUGGAGGUCCUUGGUCACUGGCGGGGAUCCACCAUUUAAAGUGGUCUGGAAUGCGGGCUACCCAAAAAGAGACUCAUCUGACGAGCGCUGCGUUUUUACAUUCAUACUGAAUGUUUCCAACCAUUAUCCAGUGGUUUCUGAUCACGAGUUGGUGGUGACUUCACCCCCUCGAUAA